AUGUUUUCAAAACUUGAUUUCAACGAUGGUUUUGAGACCGAGCCUUCCAAAUACGAGAGGUUCAUGACGUUUGUGGACAGGUCAAUGGUAUUGCGUAGUUCCCCGGUUCUAGAAACUUUGAAGCUCGACGUUGGUCCUUGUUGCACCACUGAAGAUAUGACAAGAUGGAUCAGAAUCGGAAUGGUUCAGGAUAUGCGUGAACUUGAAAUUGUCCACUUUGAAGAAUCUUUCGAGGAACAUAGACCAAUCAAAUUACCAAACACUCUUUAUACUUAUGAGAAGCUCGAGGUCUUGAAACUCACCUACUCGAUUAUCCUUGAUGUUCCUAUCGCUGUUUGUUUUCCGUCUUUGAAAACAUUACACCUUAUGUGUGUAGAGUACGAAACCAAAGAAUGUUACCGUAGGCUUUUAUCGGGCUGUCCUGUUCUUGAGGAGCUGGUGAUGGACAAAGCUGUAAACAGCAACUAUUUGCGAUCUUUCUACGUUGAAAUGCCUACCUUACAAAGAUUGUAUGUAAUUCAUACAUAUAGAGAACCAAACUUCCACUAUACGACUGUGAUCAAUGUCCCUUCUUUGAAGUACUUGGAAUUUCUAGAUUUCUAUAGUGAGUUGUGUUUGUGUAAGAAUAUGCCUGAGGUGGUUGAGGCAAAUGUUAAAGUUGUUUACAAAAAUCCAGAGAAGCUACUCGGAUCUAUUCCAUCAGUCAAGCGCCUCUACUUAUGUUUAUCCGCUUACAAGAUUCCGCCCCACGGCAUUGAAUUUUAUCAUCUUGUUCAUUUAGAGCUAUGCGCAUAUUCCCUAGGGUGGUGGGAUCUACUUACUUGGAUGCUCACAAUUUCUCCUAAACUACAAGUGCUCAAGAUCUGUGAGUGCAACGAACGCCCUUGUACCAUAAUGCCCAUUAGAGGUCACUGGAGAGGACCAAGUGCAGUUCCUGAAUGUUUGAUUUUCCAUCUACAUACUUUCAAGUGGAAAAAUUACAAAUCAAACGGCAAAGAAAAGAAAAUAGUGGCCUACAUCCUCAAGAACGCAAGGCAGUUGAAGAUUUUGGGUAUCUCUGCGUGGCAAUACUAUUCGAAGAAAGAGCGAUCUCAGAAACUAAAUGAGUUGUUUUCUCUUCCUAGAGCUUCAAGCUCAUGUCAGCUUCUGCUGGAUUGA